CUGGAAAGUGUCCGGACUGGAAGGGGGGGUGAGUGUCCCGGACUGGAAGGGGGGGAAAAGUGUCCUGGACUGGAAGGGGGGGGGAAAGUGUCCGGACUGGAAGGGGGGAAAGUGUCCGGACUUGGAAGGGGGGAAAGUGUCCGGACUGGAAGGGGGGGGAAAGUGUCCGAACUGGAAGGGGGGUGGAAAGAUGUCCGGACUGGAAGGGGGGGGAGUGUAUCCGGACUGGAAGGGGGGGGGGGAGUGUCCGGACCUGGAAGGGGGGGGGAAGUGUCCCCGGACAGGAAGGGGGGAAGUAUGUCUGGACUGGAAAGGGGGGAGGGAAGUAAGUCCGGCACUGGAAGGGGGGGAAGUGUCCGGAACAGGAAGAGGGGGGAAAGUGUCCGGACUGGAAAGGGGGGAAAGUGUCCUGGACUGGAAGGGGGGAGUGUCAGGACUGGAAGAGGGGGGGAGCUGUACGGACUGGAGGGGGGAAAGUGUUCUGGACUGGAAGGGGGGGGAGGGUGUCCGGACUUGGAAGGGGGGGAUAAAUGGUCC